AUGUCCUCAGCAGCCACCGCCGCGUCCCAGUCCGCCUUUCAGAAAUUCCUGAACCACCCUGCCGGUCCCAAAACCAUCCACUUCUGGGCUCCUGCUGCCAAGUGGGCUUUGGUCGGUGCCGGUAUUGGUGAUUUGAGCCGUCCUGCCGAGAACCUGUCCCUUUCUCAGAACGUUGCCUUGGCGGCCACUGGUCUGAUCUGGUCCAGGUACUCGCUCGUCAUCAUCCCCAAGAACUACAGCUUGUUCACUGUCAACCUGUUUGUCGCUGCCACGGGAUUGACCCAGCUUUACCGUAUCUUUGAUUACCGUCAAGGAUUGAAGGCCCAGGAGAAGCCCGCUAUUGCCGCCGAGUAA